UUAAAUUUCCUCUUAUGUUGGAUGUGUAUGAGCUGUGUACGCCAGACCUUCAGGAAAAAAUGGUUUCCUAUCGAUCAAAAUUCAAAGAUCUAGAAGACAAAAAAGUAAACCAGCAGCCAAAGAACUCUAGUAAAAGUGAUGGUGCACAGAAAGAAGUCAAAUAUGAACCAUUUUCUUUUCCUGAUGAUAUUGGUUCUAAUAAUUGUGGCUAUUAUGACCUGCAGGCAGUGCUAACACAUCAGGGCAGAUCAAGUUCCUCUGGGCAUUACGUGUCUUGGGUUAAAAGGAAACAAGAUGAAUGGAUUAAAUUUGAUGAUGACAAAGUCAGCAUUGUUACACCUGAAGAUAUUUUGAGGCUAUCUGGGGGUGGAGACUGGCAUAUAGCUUAUGUUCUACUCUACGGGCCUCGCAGGAUCGAAGUAAUCGAAGAUGAAGCUGAGCAGUAGUGUUCAGUUGUAGUCAUUCUGCCUAGGUGUGAAAUAAAUGUUGAUUACCGAUCACUUCUUUAACCCCAGAGCUUUAGCCAGUGGAUAAAUAAUUUGUUCAAACCUUUUCACGUGAAGAGGGAUAAUGUUUCAGAACUGAUCUGUGUACCAAUUGGUCACGACUGGACUGGACUGCCCGCUGUGGUGGUGACAAUACUCAAUACUUUAAGUAGCUUUAAUGUCUUGCAGAAAAGAAUUUUUUUUAAAAUGAGCCUCUUCCUCCCCCACCCCUUCCUCUCUAAUGUCAUCAAGUAUUUAUUACACACCUAUUCUCACAUUUGUUAAUCUUGCAUGGUUUAUACCACAGUUCAGUAGUAGCUGUCCAUCUUUGCCUUACCUGGCGGUCCUGUUGGGAAGGCGGAAGAGAAACUGUUGCCUUGUUGCGUAACUCAGUGCUGCUGCCCAUAGCCCACAGCUGUGGCUACAAUCAAGUGUUUGUCCAGCCUGACCUGCUGAUUCAGUCUGUUCUGUUGCUGGCAUCUCAUGACUUCAGAAUAAAUUGUGAUCAACAAUGUGUCUCCAUUAAAGAAAGUUCAUGUCUGGGUAGAGUAGUUAGUAUGUGUUUGUGUUCACUUCUUGGGCCACCACUGAUGAAUGUCUCAAUGCAGUCAUGUAAUAAAGCCAAUUUUUUUUAAGCUGUA